CUUCUUCUGCAUUAUAUUCUAGCUAGCUAUUAGGGUUUGAUGAACCCUAAUUCUCUUCUUCAAAUCUCAUUGUUUUAAUUGAUAGAGAUUAAUUAUAAAGUGUAUAUAUUUGAAAAGGGUUCAUUUUAUAUCUUUUUUGUUGGUUUUUUUAACGUAAAUGACAAAAAAGUUUGGUUCACCACCGGCAAGUCUAGUCAUUUCCCGGCCUGUUUGCCGAAUUGAUACACGUUCUUCUCCGUCACCGGAAUCUUUUCCGAUCACUGAUACGUGUUCUUCUCCAUCGCCGGAGCUCACUACAGUAACCACUCUCCCUAAACGAAAAAAUAUUCAAUGGCUGCUGAGGAUAUGCCCAACUCCACCAACGAGGUUGCGCUACAGGUGAUACAACAACGUUCUAGCCCUACACAAGAUGCUGUAGCUGUCACUAAAAACAGCAAUGGCCACCAAAAUUCUCCUCUGGAGAAAAAGAAUCGCCUCUCCUGGAAGAGCACAGGAGGCUGGACAGCCGCUGGCAUCUGUCUAGCGAAUCAAGGGCUGGCUACACUAGCAUUCUUCGGAGUUGGUGUGAAUUUGGUGCUCUUCUUAACAAGAGUUCUCGGUCAAAACAAUGCUGAUGCUGCAAAUAAUGUCAGCAAAUGGACCGGCACAGUUUAUAUGUGCUCCCUCAUCGGAGCUUUUCUCAGCGAUUCCUACUGGGGCCGUUACUUGACUUGUGCACUCUUUCAGCUCAUUUUUGUCCUGGGAUUGCUGCUAUUAUCGCUAUGUUCUUGGUUUUUGCUGAUCAUACCGGAAGGAUGCGGCGACGGAGUCCAAGUCUGUCAACCAACAUCAUCCAUUGGUGUAGCCAUUUUCUACUUAUCAAUCUACUUAGUAGCUUUUGGAUACGGAGGUCAUCAACCCACAAUAGCCACUUUUGGUGCGGACCAAUUCGACGAAUCAAACCCUAAACAAAAGAACUCCAAAUCAACUUUCUUCUGUUAUUUCUACUUUGCACUCAACUCUGGUUCCUUAUUCUCCAACACCAUUUUGGUUUAUUAUGAAGAUUCAGGCAAAUGGACUUUAGGGUUCUUCGUAUCAUUGGCGUCUGCAGUUAUGGCCUUGGUCUCUUUCUUGUUGGGGACACAUGGCUAUCGUUAUAUAAAACCAUGUGGCAAUCCUUUACCCAGAGUUGCUCAAGUAUUCGUUGCGGUUGCUAGGAAAUGGAGUGUCGAUCCGGCUAAUGCUCAUGAAUUGUAUGAAGUAGAAGGUUCUGAAUCUGCAAUCAAAGGUAGCAGAAAGAUUCAUCAUAGUGAUGCGUUCAUGUUCAUGGACAAGGCAGCAACUAUAACAGAAGAUGACAUGACUCGACAAAAUGAUCCAUGGAGACUCUGCACCAUAACUCAAGUUGAAGAAGCCAAAUGUGUUCUCAAAUUAAUACCCAUUUGGAUCUGCACUAUAAUCUACUCUGUUGUCUUCACCCAAAUGGCUUCCCUCUUCGUGGAGCAAGGAGAUGUUAUGAAAUCCGAGUUAGGAAAAUUCCACCUCCCAGCUGCCAGCAUGUCCACCUUCGACAUCCUCAGCGUCCUCAUCUGCACCGGACUUUACCGCAAAGUGCUCGUUCCGAUAGCCGGAAAACUAAGUGGAAAUCCUAAAGGAUUAUCCGAGCUUCAAAGAAUGGGAGUAGGUCUAAUAAUUGGAAUGAUAGCAAUGCUAGCAGCUGGUGUAACCGAACUUCACAGACUCAAACAUGUGAGUGAAGGGAAUAAGGUAAGUUCCCUGAGCAUAUUUUGGCAAAUUCCUCAGUAUGCUCUCGUGGGCGCGUCCGAGGUGUUCAUGUAUAUCGGUCAGCUGGAGUUCUUUAACGGGCAAGCACCGGACGGUAUAAAAAGCUUCGGAAGUUCGCUGUGCAUGGCUUCGAUUUCUCUGGGUAAUUACGUGAGUAGCUUUAUGGUUUAUAUAGUAAUGGGGGUCACAGCAAAAGGAGAGAAUCCCGGGUGGAUUCCGGCCGACUUGAACAACGGGCACAUGGACAGAUUUUACUUCUUGAUUGCUGCUUUAACAGCUGCUGAUUUUGGUCUAUACUUGGUUUGUGCUAACUGGUAUAAACCUAUCAGUCUUCAUGAUGGCACCAAGGAAGAAGAAGAAGAUAUUGAUGAGGUGGCCUGAUGAUGUACCAUUUUGUUUCAUAGUUUUCAAUAAGCAACACCAUGGAAGCAUGACCUUUAGGUUUAACUGGGAUGAUUGCUUUCUUCUAGCUAGGGUUUCAUUACAUUGUUCAUCUGGCUGUUUAGUUGAGGGCCAAAAUUUUCUGUUUUUUUUUGUUGGAUAUUUCUGUUUAUUUCUUAAUGGAAAUUUUAAAAAUAGAAAUUGUGUUUA